AUGGGGAAAGGCGGGGAGAAAGGCGAGGAGGCAGGGGAGCGCGAGGCGCAGAGCCGGCUCUACAGCUGGGAGGAGAUCCAGCGGCACAACCUGCGGACGGACAAGUGGCUGGUGAUCGAGCGGAAGGUUUACAACAUCACCACGUGGGCAGCCAGGCACCCGGGCGGCCCCCGGGUGAUCAGCCACUACGCCGGCGAAGAUGCCACGGAUGCUUUCUGGGCCUUUCACCUCAACCCCAGCUUUGUGCAAAAGUUUCUCAAGCCAUUACUGAUUGGAGAGCUUGCCCCAGGGGAACCUAGCCAGGACCGAGGCAAAAACCCCCAGCUGGUGGAUGAUUUCCGGGCCCUGAGAAAGACAGCAGAGGAUAUGAAUUUGUUCAAAGCAGAUCCCUUAUUUUUCUCCCUUUACCUGGGUCACAUCAUCAUGAUGGAAGCUUUGGCUUGGUUACUAGUUUCAUACUACGGCACUGGCUGGAUCACAACCUUUAUCCUUUCCUGCAUCCUUGCAACCUCCCAGGCCCAGGCUGGGUGGCUACAGCAUGACUUUGGACACCUCUCUGUCUUUAAGAAAUCUAAAUGGAACCAUAUCGUCCACAAGUUUGUCAUCGGGCACCUGAAGGGUGCCUCAGCAAACUGGUGGAAUCAUCGUCACUUCCAACAUCAUGCCAAGCCCAACAUCUUCAAGAAGGACCCAGAUGUGAACAUGAUGCAUAUUUUUGUCCUGGGAGAUUCUCAGCCCGUUGAGUAUGGCAAGAAGAAGUUGAAAUACCUACCUUACAACCACCAGCAUGAGUACUUCUUCCUAGUUUUCCCACCUCUCCUCAUCCCCGUGUACUUCCAAAUGCAAAUCAUCAUGACCAUGAUCAGACGCAGGUUCUGGGCGGACCUGGCCUGGGCCUUCAGUUAUUACAUGCGCUAUUUCAUCAUGUACAUUCCUUUCUAUGGAGUUCUGGGAUCCCUGUUUCUCCUCACCUUUGUCAGGUUUCUGGAGAGUCACUGGUUUGUGUGGGUCACACAGAUGAACCAUAUUCCAAUGGAAAUUGACUGUGAGAAGCACAGAGACUGGCUCAGCGCUCAGUUGGCAGCUACCUGUAAUAUCGAGCAGUCCUUUUUCAAUGACUGGUUCACCGGGCACUUGAACUUCCAAAUCGAGCACCACCUGUUUCCCAUGAUGCCACGACACAAUUACUGCAAGAUUGCCCCACUGGUGAAGUCAUUGUGCACCAAGUACGGAGUCCACUAUGAAGAGAAAUCUCUCGGCAAGGCAUUCAUAGACAUUGUUGGGUCCCUAAAGAAAUCUGGACAUCUCUGGUUGGAUGCCUACCUCCAUAAAUGAAACUGCAUCGUAGUGGGGAGGUGCGAGUGAUGGGGGAAGGACCAUGUGUUUUUGUUCUUUUGUUUUUUACUGUCAGAUUUUCAGCCUAUAUCUGUGUGCACAGUUGGAGGGGAGUUUCCUGUCUUGUGAAAUGCUACUGGGGGGUGGAGGGGGGGGAGGUUUAAGACACCUUUUUAAACCAGAGGGAUUUUUAAAUGUGUUUGGCACAGUCUUCAGAGGAUGAGUUAAAAGAUCCAUUUCAUACCACCCGGCUGGAAAUUGACCAAGCUGAGUGGGGUUUUCUGUUUUGGAGGGGGAGGAUGAGAGAGUGGGGUGGAUAACCAGAAGAGCAAUUUCUUCCCUCCCCUCCCUCUUCCUGAGCCAUUCACUGCAGCCCUAGCCUCAACCCCACACACACACAGGCACUUGAUUCAUAAACAUGAUCAGGCCAGCAUCAAAGAGCUUCUGCAUCUGUUCCAAUAUUUACAAUCCCAGAAACCCCAAUCAGCUUACGUCCUUUUCCCCCUUCUGAUGCUGGUGCAGAGGAACAACAGCCCAGGAUUGGAUUGUGUUUAAAAACAAAAAAAACCAAAAGCCUGUUUGAUCACCCACAGAACGGCGAAGUCUCUUGGCUGCGCUGCCUGCUGCAUCCUCCCUGGAGAAUUGGGAGGCGCAGCUGUGAGCAGCAGGUGCUGCAUUAUUUAGUCUGUCUGCCUCGCUCAGAGCCCUGCUGUGGCUUUGUCUCUCGCUCAGCCUCUUUCUCUCUCUGAGCGCAGCGCUGUGAACUCCCGCAUUAGCUUCGCUGGGACUCUACACAGGCACAAGUAUCCAACUGCAUGGGCCUCAGUGCUGGAUCAGGCUCCGUGUGUGUUUUUACUGCUCACCCCUGUUUUCAGGGGUCUGCAACUCAGCUCUGGGCUGAAACAGCGAGAGGGAUUUAACAAUCACUUAGGUUUUCUUUCCAUGUGGCCCAUUAACACUGCUGAGAUGUCUGCUAACUAAUGAUAAUAUUG